AUGAAGUCUCAAGUAACUGCUAUGGACCUUGGAGCAGCCGGCGUUAGCUUCGCCUCUCUUGCGCUCCAGCUUUUCCAGGGUUGUGUCCAAGGAUUCAUAUUCUUUAAUACCGCUCAACAUAUUGGAGAAGACGGAGGCUUAUUUCGGGCGGGGUUGGAAUUUGAGAAAUACCGCCUGAUAAGCUGGGCUAGGAAAGCUGGGCUGCUGGAAGAAGAUGCUAAUCCUAGCCCGCGAGUGAGUUGGCAAUUGGCGACGAUGCUAUUAGAGCAACUGUCUGCGUUUGUGACAUCGGCGGAUAAACUUGCCAAGAAGUACGCGCUCAGCAUUUCCGAGGAGGCGAUCGAAGAGCGCGAAAGAGCAUUUGUUGCAGAACCACCCAAGCAAGGGCUCGCAAAGCUACUAUCUCGGUUGAAGCCAGAGAUAUAUAGCACCAGCGGCAAGAUAAUACAAGCCAAUAAUGGAGCCAUGAAACGCAUGCGAUGGGCUGCUACCGGCAAGGACAAUGCGAAGCGCAUAAUUAGAGAAAUCCAUGAUCUCAUAGACAAACUCGAAUCCCUUCUUGACUCUAUAGAUCGGGAAAGUCGUCGCGUCGAAGAUACACGCUUGCUAAGAAACCUAGUUUCUCUCUCAACCACAGCCACAGAGGUUAUAGAGCUCAGGGACAUGCUUGGAAGCAGUAUGAGCUUGAGCAAUAGUGAGAGGGCAAUUAGAGCUGCGGCCUAUGUUAAACAGAUAAGGCUCACGCUGGGAGCGGAUCGGCGAGAAGAUGAGGUCCAGCCAGUUGCGACGGCGGCAACUCGGAGUAUCAUGCCACCAUUGAAGGUUAUUAAGAAGUCUUUAAAGGCGUGGUCGGGGGUAGAGCUUCAAUUGGCCGGCAUCGAAUUUGCGAGAUACAACAAUAGUCAGGUAAUCGUCCAAUGGAAAAUUGCCGAGGGAACCUUCUGGGAAAAGUAUAAAGAUCAGAUGAAGAGUUUGGCUGUUCUUCUUAUGUCUUUUUCUCACACAUCGUUCCGAUCUCCCCAAUGCAUCGGGUAUUACCCAGGAGAGAGUCUUGGUCGUCAUGCAAUAGUCUUCUCCCUACCAGAGGGUACAUCUAGCCUGAGCAUGAAGAGUCUCUCGCAGCUUAUUUCGGAGGAAAAAGCCAUUUCGCUGAGCAGACGACUUGCAAUCGCUCGAGCUCUGGCCGAGACAAUACUCCAGCUUCAUACUGCUGGAUGGAUGCAUAAAGGUCUCACGUCGGAAAAUAUCAUCUUCUUAGCACCUGAAGGAUCCCAGAAUGAAGAUUUUCUUCGUUCCGAGCCCCUAGUCAUGGGAUAUGACUACGCACGGCCUGACACGGCGGACGCCGCGGUGGCCUUCACCCAGUUGCCUGAGAGUAAGCCUAGUGCUGAGCUGUAUCGGCAUCCACAGGCAAGAGGCCUCGCUAGAGAGACAUAUCAGAAGCGUUUCGAUCUUUACGCUUUAGGAUGCUUGUUCGUGGAGCUGGCAUUAUGGCAGCUUAUGGCGGAUGUUCAUACAAGUUUCACCACAAACGAUUUGGUAGAGAAAAUGGCCAAAGCAGUAGAGCCUGGUGCUACUGUCAUUGACAUACCGACACUAUCUGACUUGCUUGAAAACGAUGGGGCGUUGGCGAGCAUGAAACAUCAGGCUGGGGAACAAAUUGUAGAGGUCAUCUCAACCUGCUGUUAUAUCAACAAAGCCGAGGAUGGUAAAGAAGCCGCUCUGGAUGAGCAGCUGAAGGUAUUAGAGGUACUUUCUCAGUGUAAGCUAUGA